UACAAUACUUCAAAACACAGUUCAUUUUUGCACCUCAUUCUCCAAAGCUUUGAAGAAUUGUAGGUGGAAAAUAUGAUGGUUUCUUUUUGGUAGUUGAUGGCUUCAUUCAUUUCCAUUCAUAGAAUUUGCAUACAAUUUUUGAAGCUAUUUCUCGAGCCAACCCCUCAAGGGAGUUCUACCUGUUCGCUGACUAUAUUUAUUGUCUGAUUUAAGAUAUGUUGAUUAGAUGAGACAUUUGAAGGCUAGCCCUGUUCUUCUUAAGACAGUGUAUGGGUUGAGUAAAUGAAGUCACAGCUCAAAAUUGCUCUUGCUUUUGUCAUUAGCUUGCUCUGGAUUCAGCACUCAUAUUGUGAUGAAGCUUCUGAUACAUCUGGCCUGAACAAGUGGAAAUGUAAAUGUUCUUCUUUCCAAGGGAACCAGAACUAUUCUCUUGCUAAUUGCUCUAAGUCAUGUGAUUGCCGUUCAGGUGGUGACAAAAAUGAGUCCAUAUGGACAUGCAUAUGUGAUCCCAAUGGCUUUCCCCAAGUUGCAGCAGAUGGUCGUAGCCCUAAUUGCUUUCAUUCCUGCAACUGUACCUGGGGAACUGUCAGCACAUUACUAGGUUCAAAGAAACACAUUUCCACCAAGAUUGCUGUAGUCAUUCUAUUAGCCUGUGUUCUAUGUACAACAAUUGCAUUUCUUGCCUUGGUUUUGUACUAUGUCUACCGAAGAGACAGAUUCCAUAUUCAAUCACCAAUAUUCUCAUCAGAUAAGGAAACAAGUAGUGGUAUUAGUACUGCCAACCUAAUUAGUCAUAGGACAGCGACUUCUUCAGUGCCGGAAACCAAAUUUUCUGUAAAUUCUCCUAUUUUUCAUAUUACAGGAUGCUUUCAGAAAGCCUCUUUCUUAUUUGGGAACCAAAAAGAAACUUAUCAUGGAAAUAUUAUUCAAUUUUCGUUUGCUGAACUGGAAAGUGCCACUGAGAACUUUUCAGCUUCCAACCUUAUCGGAUUAGGCGGAAGUAGUUAUGUAUACCAUGGUCUGCUGAAAGAUGGUAGUGAUGUCGCAGUUAAGCGCCUAAAAGAUCAUGGGGGGCCAGAAGCAGACUCAUCAUUUUUUAAGGAGAUUGAACUAUUAUCUAGACUUCAUCAUUGCCAUUUGGUGCCUUUGCUUGGAUACUGCUCAGAGUUAACAGGAAAACAUGUUCAGAGGCUGCUAGUGUUUGAUUACAUGACGAAUGGGAAUUUGAGGGAAUGUUUAGAUGGAGUUUCUGGGAAAUAUUUGGAUUGGGCUACUCGUGUUAUGAUUGCGAUAGGAGCUGCGAGGGGCUUGGAAUAUCUACAUGAAGCAGCUGCUCCAAAAAUUCUUCAUAGAGAUGUCAAAUCAACUAACAUUCUUCUGGAUGAAAACUGGCAAGCAAAAAUAAUUGAUCUUGGUAUGGCUAAAAACUUGAGAUCUGAUGAUCUACCCAGCUGUUCAAAUUCUCCAGCAAGAAUGCAGGGGACAUUUGGUUAUUUUGCACCUGAAUAUGCUAUUGUUGGUAGAGCCUCUCUUGAGUCAGAUGUCUUCAGUUUUGGGGUGGUUCUUCUUGAGCUUAUCAGCGGUCGGCAACCUAUCCAUAAAACAACUUCCGGAAAAGAAGAAAGCCUCGUUAUAUGGGCUACUCCGCGCUUACAGGAUAGUAGGCGCGUAAUGGCGGAGUUGGUUGAUCCACAAUUGAAAGGAAACUUCCCAGAAGAAGAGGUGCAAAUAAUGGCAUACUUAGCAAAAGAGUGUUUGCUGCUGGAUCCUGACACUCGGCCAACGAUGAGUGAGGUGGUUCAGAUUCUUACAAGUAUUUCCCCAGACAAAUCUAGAAGGAGAAGAAACAUUCCAGCAAGCCUGUUUCAGGAACCAGAAGAUGCAGAAAAGCAAAGGCAAGCUCCAUGCAGUAAAUUUCCGACUCAUACUUCAUUAUCCCAUGGUGUUGAUCACACACUUUGUGUUGAGAACCAAAAUAAAGAAACAGAUACAGUUUCAGCUGAGUAUAUUGAGAGUUUGAUCCUCUUGUCUUCACAAUAUGAUGGCUUGCAUGCAUCAGAAGAGGAAAUGGUAGACCUCACUGAGCCGCGGUAUGAAUCAUUUUGCAUGACAAAUGCCAAUGUCCCUUGAAACAGCUCUGUUGCUAGUACUACCAGUUAUAGUGCAUAACUGCAUGUGAUAUCAUAGGGGAUUCGGCAAUCUGGUUCUGAAAUUAUGUACUUUUGUUUUCACUUUUGUUUUGAAAGGAAGAGCACAUAGGUGUUAUUAGAUGUAUUCUUUAUAUUCUUGUACAGAAAAGCAUAGGAUGGUAGGAGAUUCUGGUUCUUCUUUAUUUGGAGAAAAAUCAGGUGACAUACAUAUUAUAUUUGGUUGUAUAAAUGACUGUUUUACAAUUAUAUAUAUAGGGAUUUAACUCA